AUGUUCUUAGCGCACGCUUCGCCUUUUGGUCUAUCAGAAAGCAGAGGCGACUCGAUACCAAAUUACGUUAUCUCUGCUGCUUUGGAAAACUCUGUAUCGCUGAAGAAAAAGAGGCACAGUAAGAAGAAGAGUGAGGAGAAGCUGAAGGAAGUUAGCUCGAAUAUCCCAAAGAAAACUGCAUCAACUGCUGCUCCAGGGACCGAGUUAAAUGGUAGAACGCUACUCGAAGAAGUCCAGAAGAAGGUACGUACGGGUAAAGUACCAGUUAAUGAGGUGAUGGGCCGCGGGUAUGGCCAAGCGGGUACGUUGAAGUCGCAAUCGAAUGCAACCAUUGGACGGACAAUAUUGCAACGCCUGGUUGGCAAUAAUGUCGAUCCAGAAGCAAUCUUCAGUGCAGCCUUACGUCAGAUGCCUCAAGUGCCAGGAUUUCCAUCGAUAAGUAAGUUUUGCGUAAAUCCUAUUUGGUGUACUUGUAAGGUCAUUUAUGGGCAUCAGAGAGGGUUUGGUCGGUCAUCAAUCUGA